AUGAGUUACCUGACAACCUACGCCGACCCCAGUAACGAAUUCGGGUUGUCUACCUUUGCUCACACUACGGCGCGCGCAACAGCAACAGGGACGUCUCCGAUGCUGUCUGCGAUGCUUAGUGACGGGUCGGGUAAUGCUGAUAAUGUUUAUCAGCGGAUCGAGACCCAUUUUGGCACACUUGCACAAACAUGCCCCAAACGCCGCAUGUACUUUACCUCCAGGGAGGAUGUCGUCGCGUUUGUCAAAGAACGCUACAAUCACGCAUUCAUGAAGGAGUGUCACCAAACACGUUUUUGCGAGAUAUCGGCCUUCCAUGAGGGAUCCUGGCGCAAAAAGGGGCAGAAGCUGUCUCUAGACAACAUUUUUGCUCCGGUUCUCCCAAAUGACCCUCUCUCUAUGCGGCCCGGGGCGCGGAUCCACCAGUUUGUUGACAAGGCUGCAUGGGCACAGAACCGGGACGGAGACCACCAGCCCACACCAACACCUGGCCCAACCCACACUACCACACCCAGCGCCAUCUCAAACCCCAACAUUGGCUUUGCUUUCGGCGGAGUUGACGACGGCGGCGGUGGAGUUGAAACCAUGGUGGACAGCGGCGGUGGAGUUGAAAUCAUGGCGGACAGCGGCGGUAGCAGUGGAGUUGAAAUCAUGGCGGACAGCGGCGGUGGCGGUGGAGUUGAAAUCAUGGCAGACAGCGGCGGUGGAGUUGAAAUCAUGGCAGACAGCGGCAGUGGAGUUGAAACCAUGGCAGACAGCGGCGGCGGUGGUGGCAGCGGCGGCGGUGGAGUUGAGGGAGUUGACAAGGACCAGGCGCGACAGAUGAUGAAGACUACCUAUGAUGAAAAGCGGCUGCUAGAUUUCGUUGCGCAAAUGGCAGAGACCAUCAACACACUCCGCACCCAGACAGAUGACUUGGCAGCUCAGCUCUCUUCGGCAGCUCAGCUCUCUUUGGCAGAGCCCAACAUCGAACCAGUCGAACCCGUCGAACCCGUCGCAGCCGCCACUACUGAAUCUCCUACGCACGGGCGCGUCAACAAUGAAGAGCUAAACCCCGACCCCUCUGCAAUGAAUAUAGACGUUGACGGUUGGUGGAACCGGCCGCCGGCAAUGUGGAAAGGCGAGCCGUGGCCAAAGGUGGAUGAAAAGCAAAAAUAUGCCGGGUCGUCGAUCAUCGAACCCGCUAUCAUUCGGCGGAUUGUCAAAACCGAUUGCUGGCUGAACGAUCAAGCUGUCAACAGGUGGUGCGCGUUGUUACAAGCCAGGUCAUCACGGCGCCCAACCAUUUAUCCGCCACUGCUAGCCGUUGGAUCCACUUGGCUCCAAAGUGUCAAAAUGGCACGGACAUCCAAUGUCCCUAUUCGGCUUGUUCCGCGGUCGAUCAACGUUGCAGAGUACAACAUACUGCUAUUCCCAUCAAACCCAGAUAAUCUGCACUGGGUCCUGUUUGCAAUACUUGUCGCGGUGCCGGCGCCCAAGUCCGCAAAACCCCUGGCCCCCCUGCCUCGCCCGAAUGACGACGACUACGUUGAUAAGAUGGCCAAUAUCGGCUCCCUCUUGUGGGAUUGGUACAUUACGGCCACUGAAGCCCCGCUCAAUCACACACCGACACCGACGGUUGACGCCCUCUUCACGCCUCGACAGACCGAUGACCAGAACUGCGGUACAUUUGUGUGCAUGAUGGCUAAUGCCAUUGCCCGUGGUACGGUGGGUGAGGCCUCGGAAUCAUGGGCCGAUACGCAGACCGCCGUCAAUGCCCGCCAUAAUAUCGCUCUGAGCAUCGUUUUGGCGACGUUUCUUAAUGAUGGGGAUGCUCAUCAGUAUAUGAAUGUGACGAAGUGCUAG